UAGGCACGGGAAGAUGGCCGGCGAAAACGCGGCGGGGAAUGCAAUUUGUUCCAUCUGCUACGAAGAUCUGAAACCGGUGGCUGAGAAUCUGCAAUCGAUCUCCGCCUGUGGUCACGUCUUUCACGAGCUAUGUUUGCAGCAAUGGUUUGAGUACUGCCCGAGUACGAAUAAGCGAAACUGUCCGAUUUGUAAGCAGAAGUGCCUUCUGAAGGAUCCUUGCCGACUUUACUUUCAAUCUUCUGGGAAUCAAAUCGAUUCGAUUGCCUCGCUCAAGGUUGGUGAAAUCGAGGAAGAUCCGGCCUUGUUGAGAGGAGAAGUGAAGCGGCUCCAAGGGAAGAUACAGAACCUUUCUUCGGCUCUGGAGGGGCAGAAAAAGGAGAACGUUGAAGUCUCCGGUAAGUUGCAUCAAUGUAAGGAACAAUUGGAGGAGGACAAAGUAAAAAGGUGGGAGGCUCUGCAAGAAAUAUCAACGACCCAACACUUGCUUAAAUUAAAAUCUGAGGAAUGUGUUCAGCUUACUUCCCAGUGCGCUAAGCUACAAGACAGAACUAUGGCUCUUGCCAAGGAGCUUGCAGCGCUUAAAUUGGUUUCCGACCUAAGCUUGGAGGAAGAUGAUGUUCUGAAGCUAGCCUUGUUGGGGAAUAAUGCUAAGACAAAAGAUACUAUAGACACACUAGUCAAGUCCUUGGUUAUCCGGAAUAGGAGUUAUAAGGAGUUGCUAGCAAAGUGCAAUCAGCUGGGCAGAGGUGAAGCUCGAUCUUCUGAGAAACUUGACAAAGCUUUGGAAAAGAUAGAUAAACUAAAGAAGCGAGUGAGGGAACUUGAGAUGAUAACUGAGGAGAGUGAGAACAAAGCUCUAAGGGAUAUAAAAGUUUCAAAGAACUGCAGUGACAGAGACGUUUCCAAGCCUUCAACCGAGAGCUUGGUUUCUUUCAGAAUGCUUCCAUCAGGCAACAUUGUUGAGAAAAUCUCUACACCACUUGGUAAGUUAGAGAAGAAAGAUGGCUUCACCAAUCAUGGAGCAUGCUUAAGGGGAAAAGGAGACUCUUUUUUAGAUGAUGAUGAUGAUGAUGUUUUUGAAACCACCAUUUCUGGCAUCAGACAAUCAGAUUCUAAUAUGAAGGAUCACAAGGUUGAAGAUAAUAAUAUUGAGGAGAAAUAUGAUAAUCUCAUGAUGAAGGAUAUAAAGUUCAACAUCAGAAAAGACCCGGCAUCAUCAGUGUCACCUCGCAGCAAUGGUGGUGGAGACAUUUGGUUGUCAAGUGGAACAAAUCAAAAUCUCAGAAGAUGGAGCAAACAAGGAGAGAGAAACGAAGCAAUUCCUUCACUAGGAGGUUCUGUCUCACGCAAAGAUGAUCUGAUCUCUGUUGGACCUGAUGGUAAAGGUGGAAGAAUCAAAGUCUUGAGAUCUAAACCCCAAUUUUCUAACGCCAAUGCAAGUUCAGGAAGUGGUAAGAGGUUCAAGAUUGGAGCUAAAACAAGUGGUACGUCGUCUCAAGGGUGUCUUCAGAUCGAGCACUUUUUCGGAAAACCCAAUCGGUAACUUUUAGAAGUCUGUAUGAGAGAGAAUCUUAACUUUUUGGAAAAAGACCAAAGCCACCCAAAACUCGUUUCAUCCAAGUCUUGGUAUCAAACGU